AACUGUUGCAUUUUGCUAUUCGAAUACGUGCAGCUUCUUUGUCCGCCAAAGGGACCGGUUCCGGCGGACGAAACUUGCUCAAUCCUGGUACUGAUAGACUCUUAUCACGGAGACCAUAAGUAGAGUAAAUGCGUCGUCAGCACGCGAGAACAGAAGUUGUACACGACAGAACUACUACACUACGAAACAAUAUGUCGAUUUCACACGAACUUAUUCGGAACACAAUUGCGCAAGUGGCGGUCGCAAUCGACCAGAAAGACUGGAGAUUUCUCGAGACACUUUUCACCAACAACACCACUGUCAUAUUCCCAGCUCCGAUCGGUUCCCACACAAGCUUCAAUUCGUUCCAGGAGUCUCUGCAGGGCAUCUUGCAAAACAUCUCAACGCAACAUUCCCUUACAACUCAGAUUAUCAACCUCGGAACCAACUCAGCAAAGGUUACGACAUACGUUACGACUGUUAUUUGUGGGGAUGAAGCUGGAACAACCUCUACAAGCUCUGGCAUCUAUGAGGAUGAAUUGGUCAAGAUCGAUUCCAACGGUCAAGAACGUUGGCGUGUAGUGAAGCGCAAAGCCUCUUCUUUUCCGUAACUGUACUCUAUAUUCUAAAGUACACCAACUUCAGGCUCAUGAAAAGAUUAAUGUGUUAUGCGCUGUGCAGCUGACCUCUUUUCUGAAACGUCCCAGCAAAGCAAGAUGUUGGGUGAUUAUGCUGAACAGAGGAGCUAGUGCCUGCAUCUUAUUGAAUACGAUGUUCAAUCUACUGCUG